CCGGUUCUCAGGGCGGCUUCAUUCACCCACGCGUGGUGAAGGAAGCCCGCUUACCUAUGACAGGGUCUCCGACUCCCAUCUCCGUUACCCUAGAGGAUGACAAGACCCAGCGCUUCUUCGAUCAGACGGUCACCGACCUCCCCUUCUUCCUCACUCUCGAGCCGACUGAUCCUUCCCCGGCGUCUCGUCGCCACCGCUCCUCUGCACAUUUCGAUGUGAUGGAGACGGGGUACGACUACAUUCCCGGCACUCCGUGGUCUCGUCGGUUUCGCAACACCGAGGCCGAUUGGGCGACCAACACUCUCGUUCUCAAAACGAAGUGUGGACAGACGUAUCGCGUACCUUUCAUAGUACCCGUCCUCUUUGCUCGCAAAGCGGAUGGAACUCUCCGUCUCUGCAUCGACUAUCGCGGUUUCAACCGCUACACGGUUAAGAACAGCUACACCAUGCCUCGUUCCGAUGAGCUGUUCGACCGCCUAGCAGGCAACCGCUUCUUUACGAAGAUUGAUCUUCGUAGCGGUUACCACCAGAUCCGCGUCGCUGCAGCCGACCAGCCGAAGACAGCGUUCCGAUCGCGCUUCGGCCACUACGAGUUUAUGGUGAUGCCAUUCGGCCUCACCAAUGCACCCGCCACCUUCCAGAGGGCGAUGAACGACAUCUUCAGGGACAUCCUGGAGCAGUACGUUCUCGUCUACCUCGACGAUAUCCUAGUCUACAGUCGUACCCUCGAGGAGCACCUCAGACACCUCCGCGACGUCCUUGACCGCUUGCGCAGACAUGGCUUCUACGCCAAGCUGAGCAAGUGCUGCUUUGCCCAGCACAAAGUGGAUUUCUUAGGACACUACGUGUCUGACCAGGGUCUGUACAUGGACGACGCGAAGAUCACUGCUAUUGCGGAGUGGCCCGCCCCCACAUCCGCCAAGCAGCUUCGCAGCUUCCUAGGCCUGACCAGCUACUAUAGUAACUUCAUCCGAGGAUACGCUAGGUAUUCCUACGUCCUUACCUCCACCCUCCUCCGGAAUAACCCACCCUGGGCUUGGACACCCCUCCACGAGGACGCCUUCCGCGCCCUCAAGAAGGCGGUGACAUGCGCACCCGUUCUUCACCUACCCGAUUUUGACCGCCCGUUUAUCCUUACCACCGAUGCGUCAGACUUCGCUGUAGGAGCAGUGCUUUCUCAGGUCUUCCCCUUCUCUCCUGAUUCCUCUCAUCCUCGUAUCCCUCGCUUCCCACCACCUACCCCUACCACUGCUUCCCGACUGACGCCUACUCGUCCAGCUACUGACGAGCCUUCUAUUGACUAUUCUCCUACCAUCGCCGAGGACGGCACUGUCGAGUCUCGCUCCAGUGAUUGUCCGGUAGCCUUCUACUCCCGUCAGCUCCUGCCUGUCGAGAUAAACUACACCGCUGAUGAACGUGAGGUUCUCGCAGUAGUUUAUGCCACUCGGCACUGGCGUCACUACCUGCACGGGGCACCGUUCACGGUGCGUACAGACAACUCUGUUGUCCAGGCUUUUCUGACAAAACCGAAGCUCACUCCUCGAUAGGCUCGCUGGUGGCGCGACCUAUCCGAGUUUAGUUUCACCACUGAGCACAUCAAGGGUGAAACUAAUCGGGUCGUAGAUGCCUUAUCCCGGCGCCCUGACCACGAC